AUGGCCUAUACGCAGCUCGGCCUGGCGAUGGUGCCCGGCAUGGGUGGCGAAAUUCACCUGUACCCGCCGCCCUCGUACGCGACUCCGUACAGCCAUGAUGUCUUUGGCUCCAGCCCCUUUGCCGGUAUGUGGGCCCCCAGCGGCCUCGGUGGUGGCAUGCCCGGUCUUGCUACUGCUGGACCAUUCGCGAUGAGCCCAUUUGGUAGCAGUCCCUUUGCCUUUGGUGGUGGCGGUCCCUUCCCAGGCCUUGGUCUCGGCAUGAGCGGCCCUGUUCCUCUUGGUGGCAUGGGCGCGUCUUCGUAUGGCGCUCACCCGGCGUGGAACGGCUACGGCGGCGUUGGCACCCCUUACCCUGGGUGGGACAUCAACCACCGCCCCAGCAAGGACGAUGACGAGGACACCAAGCUCAACCCAUACAAGCAAAUGGCACGCCUCCAACACCCGUUCUUUGGUGCCUACGGUACCCCGUUUCCCAUUCCUGCGGACGAAGAGGAAUUCGCGCAGCAGAUGGUCGUCCAGCUCCUCAACCCGGCUUCUCCUUGGAGCGGACACAACCAGGCGGCGCACAACGAGAUGAGCCGCAUCCUGGCCGUCGUCCCCCUCAUCCAGCGCGCAUUGGAGUCGGGUGGCAAGUACGCUGCCUACCACCUCAAGCCCGAGGACAUGGGAGACAUGGUCGAGCCGCUGGGCCACAUUGCCGACCUGGGCGCCGACGACGCGUGGCACGACAACGACCCCUACCUCAUCAUGCACGCGCACUACCUCCACGCCGCGGCCAAGGCGGCGAGCGACAAGAAGGAGCGGGACAACUGGGACAAGUUUAUCGAUGUCCACGGCAACCCCCGCUGUGCUUGGCCCAAGCCACCCGAGCCCAUCGGCUGGACCUUCCAGCAGGCGUUCCCCAAGUGGAACGGCGACCCGAAAAAGGUCCCCGACGGGUGGACCAUGACCAUCAUCCCCAACCACCAGCUCGCCCAGAUCCGCAUGGGGUUCUAA